UCAAACAAUAUGACAGUUGAAGAAAGUGGCACUCCCAUUUUUCCCAUUUUUCAAAUACAAAUUCUUUUCUCAACAAAUCUCUCCAUUCUCAUUCUUCUUCUGAUUCUUCUCUACCGCCAAUUUCCAUUCAACUAUUUGCUGGGCCUCGAUAAAUGGCGGCGAUAUUGGCUUCCCACGGCUGCUGUUGCCGCACGCUCGACAACCUUAGUUUCUCGGGUUCAUUGACGAACUACUGUAAGUAUAACGAAAACUAUGGGAAUAAUCAUCUCCUUAAAACUAGGAAAAUACAUACUAGGAGGAUCAAAGCCGAGACGCAAGAGAGAGAGUUGCCAGCUGUAGUGGGUAGACACGGCAGGGUUAUUGAAAUGGUAAAUACGACCGAAAGACGAAAACUAAUGCUACCCGAAAAUGUGAAUGGAUCCUCUGCAAAGAAGAAUGAUGUUAAUGGAGGAAUACUUGUUAACGGAGGAAUACUUGUUAGGAGAAACCCUACUCCGCUUUUAUUAGCAUCUCCGAUGCCUAAACCUAAGCAGCUUCGGCCGAUUGAAGGGCUAAAAGCUUUGCCCUCCGAUGAAGGUUUUAGUUGGGCCAACGAAAACUAUAACUCCACUCAAAGAACUAUUGAUGUGUGGUCCUCUGUUUUUUCAUUGCGUGUUCGUAUUCUAUUCGACGAUUCAAAGUGGACGUACAUUGCUGAAGGAGGCUUCACUGAGGAGAAACAGAGAAAGAGAAGACGGAAAACGGCUUCAUGGUUAAGGGAACGUGUGCUGCAACUUGGUCCCACUCUGAUCAAACUCGGCCAAAUAUUAUCAACAAGAUCUGAUAUAUUUCCUAAAGAAUAUGUCGACGAGCUUUCGAAACUGCAGGAUAGGGUACCUGCAUUUUCAACAGUCAAAGUGAAGAAUUUUAUCGAGAGAGAAUUGGGAGCUGGGAUUAAUGUGUUGUUCAAGGAGUUCGAAGACCAACCAAUUGCAGCUGCUAGUCUUGGUCAGGUUCACAGGGCUGUCUUGCAAAACGGAGAGACGGUAAUCGUCAAAGUUCAAAGACCAGGCCUCAAGAAACUUUUUGACAUUGAUCUUAAAAAUUUCAAGCUAAUUGCUCAAUGGUUCCAAACAAGUGAAUCUCUAGGCGGUCCAGCGAGGGAUUGGAUGGGGAUAUACGACGAAUGUGCCAAGAUCUUGUAUGAAGAAAUUGAUUAUAUACAGGAGGCAAAGAAUGCUGAUAGAUUACGUCGGGAUUUUCGCAAUAUAAAGUGGGUCCGAGUACCUGUGGUUUUCUGGGAAUAUACAGCAACUAAGGUGCUAACGUUAGAGUAUGUUCCAGGUAUUAAGAUAAACCAGCUGGAUAAGAUAGAUGCGCGGGGUUAUGAUCGUUCUAAAAUUUCGUCACGUGCAAUUGAGGCCUUCUUAAUCCAGAUACUGAAGAAUGGUUUCUUUCACGCUGAUCCACAUCCAGGAAAUGUAGCUAUAGAUAGGGAUGGAGCAAUAAUUUACUAUGACUUUGGUAUGAUGGGAGAGAUUAAGAGUUCAACAAGGGACACCCUCUUACAACUUUUCUACUCCGUUUACGAAAAGGAUAUUAAAAAGGUUAUGCAAUAUCUCGUAGAUCUUGGAGCGCUUCAGCCCACAGGGGAU